UGAUGUAAGCGGCCUUCCAAUUUUGUAAACAAAGGGACAGACGCAGUUUCGAUACAGAGAAGACGGAUGCUGCUUUGUUUGUAAACAAAUAUGGACACACACGAAUUGUUUAUGAGUUGUAGACGCGGAGAUUUACAGAAAUUGAAGUACCUGGUUGAACAGAAGGAAGUGGAGCUCAACUUGAGAGACAAGUGGGACAGCACGCCGCUGUACUACGCUUGUUUGUGUGGGCACAAAGAUGUUGUUCAGUACCUGCUAGAAAAUGGAGCGCGGUGUGAAGCUAACACAUUUGACGGUGAACGCUGUUUGUACGGAGCUUUAAACAAUGAAAUCCGGAAUCUUCUCAGGUCCUUCAACAUGGUGUCCUCCAAAACACUCCGCCGAGAUCUGUAUGAGGAAUUUCUACGCAGACUUUUAGAAAUGGGAAUGCACGAGGAUGUGACAUUUCAUGUCUACGGAGAAAAAAUCCCAGCCCAUCGAUGUAUCCUUAGCGCUCGAUGUCCGUAUUUCGCAGAGUCAUUCCGAACUCGCUGGAAGAACAGAACAGAUAUCAUAAUCAAACACAAACUGGUGGUACCAUGGGCCUUCAGGUCUCUCCUGCAGUACAUCUACACAGGGCGGUUGGAAACCCACGUAGACAGUGUGGAGGACUGUAAGAGACUGGCUCGUCAGUGUCAGCUGCCGGACCUCAUCAAGGAAAUAGAGGAGGCCUACAAAAAACAGAGCUCUUAUGAAAUGCAGAAACCAGGAGUAAACAUCACCAAUAUCCUGAUUGAGAGGUCAGAAGAUUCACUUGACCUUCAGUUUGACCUUGGGCGACUUGCCGACCUUGCUCUACCUCGGGAGCUGUCUACAUUUGUUCAAGGGGAGCUCCCAUUUGAACCAGAAUACGCCUCCUUUUACCCAGACAUCUGUUUCUGUGUUGAGGGACACAAAUUUCUCUGUCACAAGGUGUUUUUCUGCGGUAGAAGUGACUACUUUAAGGCGCUGCUGAUCGAUCAUUUUGGGGAGAGCGAGGUUUCUGACAGCAAUGUACCCCAGAUGACUCUUAACGACAUUUCCUGUGACAUAUUUACCCAGAUAAUGUACUACAUUUAUCAGGACUCGUGUGAGGUAAAUAUUUACCCCGAUUUU